UAGCCUGAGAUGGUGGAUGGCAGAGGGAUAGAGGGUGUCCCAGGCUGGCAGGAUAUAAAUACAGGCCAUGGAGAGGCCUGGGGACUCCUGACGCUUCACCGUUCCCGAGUGAAACCAUGAUCGGCCUGGCUCUGCUAAUGCUGCUGGGUGCUGCUGCGGCAGUGCCCCGUGAAGACGGGAGGAUCAUCGGCGGACAGGACUGUGAGCCUCGCUCUCGUCCCUUCAUGGCCUCCCUGAACUACGGAUACCACUUCUGCGGCGGCGUGCUGAUCAACGACCAAUGGGUGCUCUCUGUCGCCCACUGCUGGUACAAUCCCUACUACAUGCAGGUGAUGCUUGGAGAGCACGACCUGCGUGUGUUUGAAGGCACUGAGCAGCUCGUGAAGACGGAUACCAUCUUCUGGCAUGAGCAGUAUGACUACCAGACGCUGGACUACGACAUGAUGAUGAUCAAGCUGUACCAUCCCGUGGAGGUGACCCAGUCAGUGGCCCCCAUCUCCCUGCCCACGGGCCCCCCUGACGGGGGCAUGCUCUGCUCCGUGUCUGGCUGGGGCAACAUGGCCAUGGGUGGAGAGGUGAACCUGCCCACCAGGCUGCAGUGUCUGGACGUGCCCAUCGUGGAAACAGUGGACUGCGAAGCAGCCUACCCGGGCAUGAUCACCCCCAGGAUGGUGUGCGCCGGAUACAUGGAUGGGGGCAGGGAUGCAUGCAACGGGGACUCUGGAAGCCCACUGGUGUGUGAGGGAGUGCUCACCGGCCUGGUGUCCUGGGGACAGGGCUGCGCUGAGCCCAACUACCCCGGCGUGUACGUCAAGGUGUACGAGUACCUCUCCUGGAUCCAAACCACACUGGAUGCCAACCCCUGAACUGGCCAAACCGAUUGAGUACAACGCUCCCCUCACCCUUCAUCUUGUCCCUCUUCUCCAAUCUCUUCCUUGCUUCUUUUAUCCCACAUGAAUCCAACUCAUAAACUCCUCAAAAAGUCUCCUGCCAGCUGAGACGCAAGUCCAAGACCGACAGAAAGUGGAAUAGUGAAUAAAAGCAAUGUCUACAUGCCCA